AUGAAUAUGAAUUAAACAAAAUUGGAUUGCUACAACAAAACACAAGCUGCAAGUUCUGGAGCAAAAGGAGUAAACACUUUUGUCUCUGGAACUCUGAUGUCCAAUUGGCAUGAAGAAGCUCAAUUAAAGGAAGACACUGGAUUUGGAAGAGCUCCUGUUCCUUAACAUAUAAAAAAGAAGCAUACAGAUUUGAUGCUAAAACCUCCUGAAGAAAUUCCUCUUUACAAGGAACCCAUAAACCAAAUUGAUACAACAACUAGGCUAUUUGGUAAAAUAUAACCUGACAUUCCAAAACCAGCCUCACAAAAUGUUGGAGGUACUGUAAACAGGGCUGAUUUAGUACCCAAAGUUGGAAAGAAAGCCUAAUUAAUUGAAUAAUAAUACCUGUAAUAAAUUCAGGCAGAAUUAGACUCUCGAGAAGCAGACAGUUUCAGUUAAACAUAAUAGAGAUAUUUUGAAACAACAUGCAAAUAAGAAUUCACUUAGAAACCAAUAGAAAAUAAUACUAUUGGAAGAAGAGUGAUGAGAACACAAAAUGGAACUGCAAUAGAUGGAGACAAAAAAGAUGUUGAUUUGUUGAGUGACAUGGGAUUUUAUUAAAAACCUCAACUGUCAACUGAUUAAUAAUUGGCAUCAGUUUUACCACAAGAAUCAUAUCUAACAGCAAAACCUAUUACAUUUCAUUCUGAAAAGCAAGGCUAGGGAAUCAUCUAUCAAUCUAAACCAGUCAAUGAAGUUAGGCCAUUUCAUAAAACAGAUUAGUUUGUUAAAACAUUUCAUCACUUCACUCAUGUCAAGAAUUGAGAAAAAUUUGAAUAGCUAAUUAUGCAAGAUAAUAAUAAUAAUUUAGUAUCACUAUUACAU